AAGUAAUUGAAAAAUAUUGUGAUGUUUGUGUGUGAUGGUCGUUAAAGUAGUUAGAAAGAAUUUAUUUCUUUUAAAAGUUAGCUAAGAAGAUGUAAAUAUAAGAGAGUGUUAUUAAAAUUUUGUUUUAGUGUAGUGUUGUGUUCAAAAUGAAAGUAGUUGAGGCAAAAAUUGUUGUAUUGGGAUCGCAAGGCGUGGGUAAAACAAGUCUAGUGGUGCGAUACAUUGGCAAAAUGUUCUCAAAACAUAUAUCGCCAACGAUAGGCGCUUCGUUCUUCACGUGCAAUAUUAAUGUUGAUGAUUCAAGGGUUAAAUUACAGGUGUGGGAUACAGCCGGCCAAGAGAGGUUCCGGUCAAUGGCGCCGAUGUACUAUAGGAAUGCUAACGCGGCGUUACUCGUAUAUGAUAUCACAAGUACCAGUAGUUUUGCAGCAAUCAAAGGUUGGGUGAAGGAGUUACAAAGUAAUGUACCUGAACCUAUGGUUUUGGCGCUAGUGGGCAAUAAAUGUGAUUUGGAGUCAUGUAGAGCAGUUUCACAUAAUGAGGCGACGCAGUAUGCUACGUCUAUAGGAGCGGCGUAUUGUGAAACGAGCGCGUUGCACGACCAGGGUAUAGACCAAGUAUUCCUAAGUACAGCAACAUCUCUUCUGAAGCUGUCCAGCACUAACCUUGUCUCUUCUAUGCGCUCAUAUGACUCCGUGGAUGGUGACGAGAGACUACCUAUUGGUACACCAACAGAAGAAACAGCAACGCAUACAGGCAAAGUUGAAUUGCCUGCGUGGCAGGACGAUCGGGUCGCCCAUGGGGAGACGCAAAGAAAUAUGUGUUGCUAGCAUUGAAAUUAUCAAUUUAAGCGUGCACUUUUUAUAAAGGAAAUUUAUUAAUAAAAUAACGUUAUGGCAAAAGAUUAACAUGUGUGUCACGUUUACGUAUCGUAUAGAAAUGAUUGUAUUGGUUAAUUAAUGUGUAUUAAAGGGUUUAAGAAUGUUAAAAUUAUAUAGGAACUAUGUAAGAUUAGUAUCUUUUAAUGUAGUUUUGGUUAAAUUUAUAAUAUUUAAUAGUGUGUCUAAUUUAACAGUAAAAGUACACGCUUGAAUUGAUCUAGUUAUUUCUAUUUUUACUACAUUCCAUGUAUUAAAAUUAAUCUUACUUUAAUGAAAUUAAAAUCAUUGUUACUGGUUUAUUCCUUGUCAAUAGCGAUCCCGAUUUACAUUUUUGUAUCCAUCUUUGAUGACGUAAACUUGGGAUUGCGCGGUACAAAAAUUAUUAGUAGAAUUGUACUGAUUUCGGAUUGGAUAUUUUGCAAGUUAUGAUACAAUACUCGGGAAAUAUUGCAUAUGGGUUCCAUUUCAAAAUUAACGUAUGACAUAUAUCCAUUUAAUAGAACAUUAUUGUUUAUUUACCUGCAGUGGCGUAGGGGGCGGGACGCAGCGGGUGUCACCUUUUUGGGGUGACUCAACUUAAAGAACAAUGUUCAAACAAAAAGCUAUCAAUAGCAUAAAAUUUUCUUUUUCAGAGAUUCCUCCACUAGUACUAGCUAAGCUCCAUGUAGAAUUCGGGGAUUCCCGCAAAAGAGCCUGACGCUGUCGUGGGGAAUUCCCCGUCCCAUACUCGCGAUCUUAUAAUACAUCCAUGUCCUUUAUCAUAUAAAAUUUAUUGCUCUUUACUUUCGAUGGGGUAUGGGAACACCACCAACUUCCGCACCGGGUGCCACUCAAGCUACGCCACUGUUCGCGUGUAAUAGAGUAGUAAAAUCCUUUCCGAAACGAAUUACAAACUUCACGGUGUUCGACAGAGACAACGCUAUACAAUUCCGAAUUUAGCCGAUUGACUCUUUCCAAUGGUCGAUGUGCAAUACCGCCGGGUAUAAGUCUUACUUUGUAUACAACCAGAGCAGGUUUUAUCUAGGGUUGUCCAUUUAAAUAGUAUUAUUAAGUUGCAUUAUACUUUUGGACGGAUAGAAUUGAUACUUAAAGUAUUUUUUAUGAAUCUAUACAAUUUUUGAAGACUUUUCAAACGCCACUAUUAUUUUGUUUAUAUUUUUAUGCCAUAUUUAUGUUGUAUAAAAUAUAUGUUUCUACUAUGGGUUUAGUCAGAUUUUAUAUUGUUUUUUAAAAAUUUGAAAAAGGUAAACGCCCAUAUUUUACCGAAUACCUAAAUUGUGUCUCAGAUCUAAAAAUAAAUAUUCGUGUAAAGCAAAUAAUUUAAAUAUAUUUUGUACAACUAUUUCUUGCCAGGCUAAAAGACAAAUAUCAAUAUUUUUAUAUUGUAUUAAUAAAUUGUUUUAUCUAA